GAUCCGUGUGGAUGGAGUGUGUCAGAAUGAAGUUCAAGACCUUAGAUAUGAAGCUGCUGUUGUUGGUUGGUGUGAUCAUGGCAAGCAUCAUUCAUGAAAGUGAAGGUCAACAGUGCAAGAGACCAAUCGACAUCGUGUUCGCAUUGGACGCCUCAGGAAGCAUGACAACACGUGACUUCCUCAAAGAAAAGCGCUUCAUUCAACACUUGAGUAGAAAGUUCAUCAUAUCACACCGUGGAACUCAUGCCGGCGUUAUAGUAUACAGCACGCGUGCUUCCAUUGCUAUCACCCUCAAAAAGCAUAGGAAAUGGAAUCAAUUUGCACGAGCCGUAGGGCGUAUUCCUUUUGAACGAGGAGACACUCGCAUUGACCUUGCUCUCAGGAAAGCUCAAGUUAUAUUUAGAAAAUCACGUGGCGGUCGAAGUGGAGUACCCAAGAUUCUAAUCGUGCUUACGGAUGGUCAGCAGUCGCAAGUAAACGGAGAGGUACCCCAACUUGACAAAAGAGUUUUACCUUUGAGAAAGCAGGGAGUUAAAGUGUUUGCUAUUGGUAUUGGAAGGUAUGUAAGCACACGACAAUUGAGGUUAUUGGUAGAGAAACCUUCUCAUUUACUUACUGCAAGAUCGUUUGACACACUACGAAGACAUAUUUACAGCAUCAUAUCAAGACUAUGCACUAGUGCUAUCCCACCAGUAUAUGGUUUCUACCCACUGAACGCCAGAUACCGUGGACAAGAAGUCAGUGAAAACAAAGGGCCAACAGCACGAUUCAGCCGGGUUUCACGUUCAUGGGGUCCUCAGGGACAACACGGUGGGGCACUUUUCCUACGCGGACGACGAUACAGUUUUAUCGAGAUUCCGAACCGCGCCCGUGGGAAACUCGAUACAAGAACGUCAACCUCAAUCUUCCUUUGGGUGCAUUUCUCACAAAGUCCAGGGCCUAUUGUGAAUUACAGACGUAACGGUGUGGGAGUUGGUUUGUUUUAUUAUGGAAGAAGGACUAUAUCGGCUAACUUUAUUGGUCGGAUGGGAUACUUCAGGCGUAGACUGUUUUAUAGAGGUGUGUCUUCUAGAGGGUGGCAUUACGUUGGUUUGACCUACGAUCAUAGAACUGGAUAUGCAGGAUUGUGGAUUGACGGUAGACAGGUAAAGAGAAGAUCAAUUGGCCGAGUCCUCUUAGCGACCCAGUACCCUAUUCGGCUCGGUUCUGUGUCUUACUUAAGGAGGCACUUCCAAGGAAGAGUCACGUGCUUACAGAUCUACAAUGCCGCCUUAAGAAGCAACCAGAUAAAGGCGAUACGAAACAGAUGUAAUUCCCCAAGAGAAGCUAUUGACCCAUGUCAAAACCGACCUUGUAAUAACGGAGGAAGUUGUAUAAAAACCCCUAACAAGCCUGGAGGGUUCCGAUGUCGGUGUAUUGGAGGCUACAAUGGACGAUUCUGCCAAAACACGGUAGGACGACCAACCAUGAGACCAACGAGAAGACCAGGAGGACGACCGACCAGACGACCAGGAGGACGACCGACCAGACGACCGACCAGGGGACCACCUGGACCUUCUGGCCAAAGCACUGUUCCAUCAGGAUCGACUCGGCCAACAAGGAAACCAGAAUCUCCAGGAACACCGAUACCAAAAACAGAUCCGUUUAGGAUGGAGGUAGUCGAAUAUAUCAAUGUUUUUCGUCGUAUCCAUGGCGUCGGCCCUGUCAUUCUCUCGGACGACAUUACCAACGAAGCCCAGAAAUGGGCCCUUUACAUUAGUAGCCUAGGGACAGGCAAAACAGACACAAACUCUCCUUACGGCAGAACCAUAUGUUUACGACAUGGAAAACGGGAAACCAUAGCAAAAGAAUGCGUCGACGAAUGGUACAACACGGUCAAGGACUACGACUGGCAAGAUAAUUCAAUUAGUACCAAGAGUAUGAACUUUGUACAGAUGAUAUGGAAGUCAAGUCUACGUGUCGGAGUGGGUGUGGUCCGUGGUGGGCGUGGUCGGUUUUAUGUUGUGGUGUAUUAUGAUGAACCAGGAAAUAAAGCUGACCAAAUGGAAGACAAUGUUCCUGGAUUCACUGAUGUGUAUCUCAUGGUUUAUGGAGCGACAUGCGACAAAGGUUUUGUCGAAUACCAAGGAAAAUGUUAUAAAUAUCACACGGAUAAAGUCACGUGGGAGGAGGCAGUGAGUAGGAGUACGUCAGAUAACGCUACUCUGUUGUCGCUACACGAUCCACUUGAAGUAGACUUUAUUGGGAACCUGCCCGUCAAGGAUCGAGAUGAAACGAUCUGGAUUGGAUUGAACAACAGAAUAAAGGAAAGCAGCUACAUGAAUACAGACGGAUCGGGUAUUGAAUAUGUUGACUGGGAGGCUAACGAGCCUGAUAGUGGCAAAGAACGGUGUGUAGCUGUAAGUGUACGACAAACUUUCUAUCGGUAUGGAACCAUGUCAGAUCGAAGAUGUACUGAAAAACAUCAGUUUGUGUCUAGAAAGCCAUUAGAAGGAAUAGUGACGUAUCGAGUGACCAUAGAUGUGUUAUCCUUGGUUUGGGUCGAUGAUCUUGUUAUGCCUGGAACACUUGCAUUUCUGCAGCUGAAAACCAAAUUUGAAGAUGCGAUUCUUGAAAUGUACAAAGGAGAAACGAACCUUGCUUCAGCCAUGAUUGAGCGGUUCAGCCCUAAAAUGCCUUCAUCUUCUAAAAACAAAACGGGAACGACUAAGAAACCAACCCAACGUCCGACGUCAAGUAUUCCGACAACAUCAUCAUCAAACCAAGCCACACCCACCAUUGAAGGAUCAGGAAAACCCACAAGGCCAAGCUCGUGA